AUGCCAUACGGCAACUUUGACUCCUUGGCGUCACAAGAACUACCCCGCUCUCAUAGGAUUGUGCUCGUUUUGGGCCCUCUUGGUGAGCUCCUUUCGCGCCGGCAGGAGUGCUCGUUUUGCGGCCUUGUUGUCUCGGCUAUAUCUCAGGCUUGGAAGCAGCAUUCGCCGACACCCGUCAUUCAAGGCACGCCGGUGAAAUGCACAAUGUACAAUCGCGUGGUGGGUGUAGUGAGAGAUGAUGAGUCGGGGAUUGAGUACCAUGAGAACUUCGAGCGCAACAAAUAUCAGUACAGCAACUGUCGAAUUGUCAUCGAGUGCAAGCCAUCACCACCUGGCUGUCCUUCCCAGGUUGAAAUACAAGCGGUGGAUACGGGCGCUGCCAUUAAAGGUCUCUUCGAUGAUGCUGGUCUGUUCACGAAGAGGCCACAAGAGUGCAUGGACAAGGUUAAUUUUGCGCUUCUCAAGACGUGGCUUUCGCACUGCGAGACUUCCCAUGCUGCACGCUGCUCUCCGGAUGCCAUUCCACAUGCGAACCCCGAUAAAUAUUUGAAGUACUUUCGGUGCAUUGAUGUUACAAAAAAGAAAGUCGUUGAUUCGGCAGACGAUCGAUAUGUCGCUCUCUCCUACGUCUGGGGUACAGCUCCCUUUCUUCGACUUCUCCAGAGUAACCGAUCCGAAUUGUAUAAGGAUGGUGCACUUGAUGCGAGAAACAAUGACGUGCCAAAGACUGUGCAAGAUGCCAUGCGUGUGGCUGGCCAACUUGGGCUGCGAUAUCUUUGGGUCGAUGCUCUCUGCAUCGUGCAGGACGACCUAAAUGAGAAAGCAGAAGUCAUCGGUGCCAUGGAUCUUAUUUACAGUCGUGCCACACUCACCAUCGUCGCAGCCUCCGGUUCCAAUGCUAACUCGGGCCUGCCAGGUCUCGACUCAGGUAGUCGAGAUCUCGGACCGUAUCACUUCAAAAAUCGCUUUCCUGAAUCCGUGUAUGAAUUCUCCGUUGCGAGAUCGAGGCCAUCGGAUUUACUUGGAUCAUCAACUUGGAGCACACGCGGAUGGACAUAUCAAGAGAGACUCUGCUCUCAUCGACUGCUCAUCUUUACGGAGCAGCAGGUCCUGUAUUUGUGUGGCGUAUCUUCCUGGUGUGAGGAUACUGUACUAGAGACAAAUGAUCCGCGCGUCAACUAUGAAGAGCAGCCAUUGUACGGCCUUAACCUACCAAAUGACGAGACACUGUCGUUCAUGCGUGAGGUAGAGAAAGCUCAGAGCGUCACACCAUUUCAAGAAUACGUCAAGAUGGUGAAUGAAUACUCGAAGCGGGACCUGACUUAUCCUGGAGACAUCAUAGACGCGUUUGCAGGAGGCUUGGCGAGGUUCCAGAGGAAUUGCGAAGCCAAGAACAUCCAGCUAAACUUUAUAUUCGGCCUCCCAACGACAUGGUUUGAGCUUUCUUUGCUCUGGCGGCAUGUUGAUGGGUCUCACGCCGAACGUCGAAGCCAGAAGUGGCGGCAUCCAUCUGGUGUCGAGAUUGCAUUCCCUUCAUGGUCGUGGAUGGGCUGGAUUGGUGGUGUUGAUAUACGCGCAAUUGAACAGGUGUUACGUGUCGAGAUUGAUUGGCACUAUAUUGAGCCUGGAACAGGAGCGCUUUUGCGAGUGGCCAGUACCCCAAGCACUCAGCCGCCGCCCUUCUGGGUUCAGACUUCAGAUGCUCCCCGAGUACUUGGAGAAAAGUGGAAGCCUAAGGGAGCUCACUCUGCCAUUGAACCAGCAGACCUCGAUCCUUAUCGCUCAGUGGAUCUGGCUGGAAAGCUGGCAUGCUAUACCAGUAGUUGUUUCUUGCCUCUUGCAAAGCACAAGUACCGCCGUGAGUUUCAUGUCGGGAAAGAGUCUCAUGUGCUAGAUUUGGAUCCUGAAUGGGCGGAGCAGCGAGUCGGAGAAUCUUUUGAGUUUAUUGUUUUCGGGAGGCAUAUGGGAAAUGACUGGGAGGAUCCCGGUAAGAGGGAUACGCUCUACGUUAUGCUCAUUGAACGACGAGACUUGGUUGCGUAUCGGAUCGGAGUUGGGCAAGUAGCAGAGUCCGAGUGGGUUGAUGCGAAUCCGACAUGGCAACUCGUAGUUUUAGGUUAG